AUCAGUUUUAGUUUUUUAACUCCACACAGGCGGAAACGAUCAUAUUUUUUCCUACUUACGCUGGAGUCAGUGUGGCUUAUAACAGUAUAGUCGCAUAGUAAUCACAUACUUAAUUAAAGCCGACACGUAUCAUCUGGGUGGUGGCUCACUUGCGCACACAAACGGUUUGACUGCUGCCAUCUUCUCUCUGCCGUCUGCUGUCUUCACACAGACACAACUCAAGCAAAAAUGGCAUCUGGAGUAAAAGUUGAUGAUGUGGUGAAAGAACUCUACGAAACAAUGAAACUUGAAAAAAAUGAAAAGGAGCGUAUACGCCUGAUGGUGUUCGGAAUUUGUGAUGACCUCAUUAAGGUUAAGCAGAUUUUCAGGCAAAAGGAUCUGAACGAGAUGAAGGUGGAUGCCUUCAAGUUGUAUAAGGACCAAAUGAUGACAGGCUGCUGCUGCUACUUGCUCUAUGACUGCCACUUUGAGAAGGCCGAACAAGGAGGACAAGAGGAUCUCAUCUUUACCAUGUGGGCCCAUGACGACGCACCACUCAAGAUGAAAAUGGUAUAUGCCAGCUCAAAAAACACCCUCAAAGAUAUCUUCAAAGGUAUCAAGCAUGCCUACGAGUUUCAUGACUGUGCAGACUGUUCAUGUGAAGCGGAUCUGGCAGAGAAACUUGGAAAAACUGUAAUGUCAGUUGAGGGCCACAGCUGCAAACAUACUUAAACAGUUUAAAGUAUGCAUGUUUUUCCCCCAAUGUUUGUUUUUUUUUUUGUUUUAUUUUGUAAAUGUUUAAACAGAUCUUACAGAUUGGGGUUUGAGCUUUUGGGUGGGGUUACAUUUCUCAUGUUUGUACCCUACUUGUUGGUCUGAGUCACUUUGUCAUUCACUUUUUUUUUUUUUUUUUUCAGUUCAAAAUAUCCCCCCCCCCCGAACUGAUUAUGUACUUAAAGUGGUCAUCCACUUCUGUCCUGCAAUAGAUUAGAUCAACUACGACACACUCGCUGCAUGCAACAUCUGCUUACUCAGUCAACUCAUUCAAGCUUUGAGAGUUCUUGACUGUAGCGCUUUGGUAAAAUACCUGUGGUAAAUGUCAAUGUAUUGCCAAAAAAAUAAACUAGUAUCAAACAUUUGAGCUUUUGUGGCAGGUUUUAUAAACCUAAAAUGUGCUGCACUUAAAUAGUGGACAUUUUUUCCCUUAUCUUUUACUCAGUUUUGUCAGAAGGGUAUUAACUGAACAACAUGUUGUGAUGGUUGAACUGCAUUUAUUAAAGCGGACCAAUUGUACUAA